AACAAUGUCACGUUCCUCAAUCCUAAUUCUUAUUCUGCUGUCUCUUCACAGCAUCUCUUCUUUAGAGGCUCACAAAGGUGGGUUCAGUGUGGAAAUCAUCCACCGUGACUCAUCAAAAUCACCGUUGCAUCGUCCCACAGAAACUCAAUUCCAACGAGUUUCUAAUGCAGUGCGUCGUUCCAUUAAUCGUGCCAAUCAUUUCAACCAAAACACACCUAGGGCCAAUUUAACACAAAAUGAUGUUGAAUACCUUUUGAGCUAUUCAGUUGGAACCCCACCAUUUCAAGUUUAUGGUAUUGCUGAUACAGGCAGUGACAUAACUUGGUUGCAGUGUAAACCUUGUAAAACAUGUUACAACCAAACCACUCCAAUGUUUGACCCUUCAAAAUCCAGUACAUAUAGAACCCUUUCUUACUCUUCUAGAAUAUGUAAAUCAUCACAAGGAGAUCUCAGUGAGGAGAUCCUCACUUUAGACUCCACCAAUGGCUCUUCAAUCCAAUUUCCAAGAACUGUCAUAGGAUGUGGACGAAACAACACUGUGUCCUUUGACGGGAAGGGUUCUGGUGUAGUUGGCCUUGGAAGAGGACCUGUGUCAUUGAUAUCUCAAUUGGGUUCUUCAAUUGGUGGAAAAUUUUCCUAUUGUUUGGCAUCAACGUCUAAUACUUCUAGCAGACUCAAUUUUGGAGAUGCUGCUGUGGUUUCGGGGAAAGGGACUGUAUCAACUCCAAUGCUCUCACUUGGACCAGUAUUUUACUACUUAACAUUGGAAGCAUUCAGUGUUGGAAACAAGAGAAUAAAGUUUGGAAGCUCCUCGUCUGAGUCUGAUGGAGGGAGAAAUAUAAUAAUUGACUCAGGUACACCACUCACUCUUUUGCCAGAUGAUGUUUACUCAAAGCUGGAAUCAGCAGUGGUACAUGAAGUUAAGUUAAAACGUGUUAAGGAUCCAUCUAAGCAGUUGAGCCUUUGCUUUGAAAGCAGUUUUCAUGAUCUGAAAGCACCAGUGAUCGUGGCACAUUUUAGAGGCGCAGAUGUGAAGUUAAAUGCUGUCAACACGUUUGUUGAAAUCGAAGAAAGGGUAGUGUGCUUGGCUUUCACGUCAAGUAAACUUGCCAUCUUUGGGAACUUGGCUCAGAUAAACCUUUUGGUUGGCUAUGACCUAGAAAAGAAAAGAGUCUCCUUCAAACCCACAGACUGUACUAACCAGUGA